AGAACCAGUGGUCGAGGGUUGAUAGCUAGCUAAAGAUUUUCGUAUGAAUGUUGACCAAAGAGAAACAGUGUAAAACGUCAUUUAGGCGACCACGUCAUCAUUACGCGUCAGAUUUAGCACAGCGGAACGAGUGGUUGAGCCUGCAUCUGACUCGAACGAAAUGGCACCGUCACCCACAAAGCGUAAGGAGGAGGAAAAGUCAAAGGACAGGGGAAAAGAGAAGACUGCCACAAAGGAAGGGGGGGACAAGGAGAGAGGCAGGGAGAAGGGCCACAAACGACGCAGUGCAUCCACUGGGAGCAGCAGCAGCUCCAGCAGCAGCUCUGGCUCCAGCUCUGGUUCCUCCAGCGGUUCUAGUUCCUCUGGCACCAGCCGCUCUGGGUCUUCCCCGGUCCAGCUCCUCCAGCUCAUCUAG